ACGUUCGUCGGAUCACCUUCGUUCCGGCGAUGCUACUCCGUCAUAUACUGUGUAAAUUGGUUAUUAAGAACGUCUCUUGUACAUAAUUUUUUUUUUUUCUGCAUUCUGCAUUCUUCGUUUUCGUUUUUUUAAACGUUACGUUACGGAACAAUCGAACAUACGAGGUCCAGUUCUGUUUUUUUUUUUUUCCCAAUUUCAUUAGGAUUUAAUAUGGUAUUUUAUGAAAUGUUGGGGUUAAAUUGUAAUGAACUAUUUAUACGGAAAACGUAUUGAAAUUAUGUAAAAGUCUUAAUCAAAGUACAAUUAGCGUUUGCAAAAUUGCGUGUCUGAGAGAGUGAUGACGAUUAUGUACAAUAUCGCCAAAGCUACCUUACGAAACAGGAACUCAAGCUUCGCUUCGCUACUCUACACUCUCCAGGCUCGUUCUAUCUCCAGGCAAAGUAAGCCUGAUAGAAUGGUUGGGACAAAUGAGAUGAAUGUAACUCGUGUUCUAUGUUGCGGUCCUUAUUUUCCUGAUGCCUGUAAUUUCACCAGAGAAUAUUUGCAACCUUACCCUUUUGUUCAGGUCGAUAUUGUCCAUUACCGUGAUGUCCCUGAGGUUAUAAAGAACUAUCAUAUAUGUGUGGCAAUGACGAUGAAAAUGGAUUCAUAUGUUAUAUCUCGUGCGAGCAAGAUGAAGCUUAUUAUGCAGUAUGGUGUUGGUCUCGAUGGUGUUGACAUUGAUGCUGCAACUAAACAUGGGAUUAAGGUGGCUAGAAUUCCCAGUGAGGGUACUGGAAAUGCAGCAUCUUGUUCUGAAAUGGCUAUAUAUCUUAUGCUGGGCCUUCUGAAGAAACAGAACGAAAUGCAAGUAUCUCUGAGAAGCAGACUACUUGGAGAACCAACCGGUGACACGCUUCUCGGUAAAACAGUUUUUAUCUUAGGAUAUGGAAACAUUGGAAUAGAGCUGGCUAAACGGUUGAAGCCAUUUGGAUCGAGAGUAAUAGCCACAAAAAGAAGCUGGCCUGCUUCUAUCACUGACUCAUACUCCAGUCUUCUUGAUGAGAAAGGUAGCCAUGAAGACAUUUACUCAUUCGCGGGCAAAGCUGAUAUAGUUGUCGUUUGUUUGAGGCUCAACAAAGAAACGGCGGAGAUCGUGAACAAAAAGUUCAUAUGUUCAAUGAAAAAGGGUGCUUUUCUUGUAAAUAUUGCCCGAGGUGGUUUAAUAAACUAUGAAUCAGCUUACCAGAAUCUGGAGUCUGGUCAUCUAGGAGGCCUUGGAAUUGACGUGGCAUGGUCUGAGCCAUUUGAUCCAAACGAUCCUAUCUUGAAGUUUAAAAACGUUAUUAUAACACCUCACGUCGCUGGGGUUACCGAAUAUUCAUAUAGGUCCAUGGCCAAGAUUGUUGGAGACCUCGCUCUUCAGUUGCAUGAAGGACUUCCUCUUACUGGAAUCGAAAUCGUCAAUUGAUGAGAUUGCAUUUACGUCGUAAUGUGAAUUAUGUUUAUAUAAGAACUUAUACUUAAUCCAUGUCUCUUUAUGAUAACUCUUGACAUUUCA